GAUUACCUAUAGAUUAUGUCACGUGACCAUUCUUAGUCUGAACUACACCAGAAUAGCGGCUGGUCAUUGAGGAGGAUCGAGCUCAGUUUUUUCGACGUUGCAACUGUUUACCAGACGUUUUCCACAACAAAACCGGCCACUUUUCAUUGAUCAACCAAUUCACUAAUGAGUAAUUAAGGUGGAAGAUAAAGCGGUGUACACGUAGAACGUCAGUGUGUUGUGAAACUGAGUAGUGGGAGCGUCGAUAGUGCGAGAAAACAAUGCAGUCGGUUUGAAUGCAAGGAUUUUCGGGAUUGUUCAACUUUAAAAAGAUCAAAAAGUGCUCGAGCACCCAGUUUUUUGUCAGUGUCUUCCGUCAAAGUUAAACAACCGAAGACAUCUGCUCAACGACCGCGCAGCUUUACCAGGCAAAACCCCCGAUGUGGCAGCCCGCUAAUGAAACUGAUUCCUGCUGAAACCAAAGGGGCCAACUAAAAAUGUGUAACAUCUACCGGACGUUCGUUAUUUUCGCCCUUAUUCACCUGGCAACAGGCCAGGGCGACUAUCAGGCCAACGAUCCAGACAAUUUGGAAAACAGCGAUUCGCAAAACAGUGAUUUUUCUAGUGCAACCGAACAUCCGGGCGGAACUGUGGACGGUCGACUGACUUUCGAAAAGUCCCUCAGCCCCUAUUGGCUGAGAAGCGACCUAAUUGUGGAAAGGGACGCGAUUUUAUUGGUGGAACCCGGAGUGACUGUGAAAUUCGAUCCACAGGUUGGAAUCACCGUGAGAGGAAUAAUUAACGCUGAUGGAACUGAAAGCGAGCGCAUUAUUUUCACUGCAGCCGAUGAAAGCCAAACGAAAACGAUCCUAUUCCCGGACAUUCGAUUGGUGGACGGUCCCACUAUUCUAGCUGGGCGACUGCAAAUGAAAAUCAACGGAAAAUGGCGAAGCGUUUGCUCGAAUUCGAAAAACUGGACCAUUGCCGACAUGGAAACAGCUUGCCGACAAAUGGGCUUCCAAGGCGGCACGUUCUUCCAGUGGUUCAACCGACAAAUGCCGCUAAAAUCCAGGAUUUUAUAUGAAGAACCGCGAUGCUCGGGCACGGAAACCAGUCUGGAACAGUGCGGCUGGAGCAACUAUCAAAUGGGAUCGGGAGUUUGUGAUUAUCAUCCAGAUAUUGGCAUAGCUUGCCAGGCCAGACACGACAAUCCCAAGCCCUACUGGAGAGGAAUUCGAUUUGAAAAUGCCCACAACGAAAACACGCUGCAAAACACCCUGUUUACCCCCGUGUCCUCGUCCAGCCUACGCUACGUUAAUAUAUACUAUGGGGGAGUGGGACGCGACCACAAUACCAGCAGCGCCCUCCACGUGGAAGGAGUGCCACCAAUCAUGGAGAACUUGGAGGUGGUCAGCUCCGCCUACAAUGGGCUCAACAUCACCAACCCCGGCUCUCCCAUAUGGAUAAACAAUUGCACCAUCCGAAACAAUCGAGGAUAUGGAGUGUUUAUCAACUCCAGCUACGGCUUAACACAUUUAGAUGGUUGUGUGAUCAACGACAAUGGAGGCGACGGAAUCCGGUACAUCCGCGCAGAAGAACGCCCGGAAGAAAGUGUGGAUCGGCGCGGCUACAGCGACUUUUGCCAAGUGGCGGUGAUUUCCAGUCAAGUGUUCCCGAUCUACGUCUACGCGGAACAGAGCGUGCAGAGCUCCAUGGAAAACAAUUGCCAGAAAGUCUUCACCACCAGAUACGGGCAGGUGUUAACCUUGGACUUCAUUCGCGCAGUGACUGAUAGGAAUGACAGUGCCAGCUUGGCAAUCUACGAUGGCUCCGCCUUGAAUCAUCGCCUGAUCCAGACCAUCUGGAUCAGGAACAACACGAGGCCCCAAAGCAUCACCACGACUGGCAAUCAAAUCUACAUGAUUUUCCAGGCUGAGCCCUACACAGACACGCAGGUCUUCCUCAGGUUGAUAUCGGGAUUGAGCAAAAUAUACGACCUGAACGUGAGCCGCUCCGACAUAUCAGAAAACGUCGGGCGAGGAAUCGCAGUGGACAAUUUAAAAUCCCAGGUCCACAUCCAUAGAACCUCCAUAUCCAAGAACGAGCAUGUGGCCGGAAUCCAUGUAACCAAUGGAGUGGGCGAUGUAAAUGUAACGCAAAGCCGAGUGAGCUUCAAUGAAGGCGACGGUAUCAACAUCACCUACACUGGUGGAUCGAGGAACAUUUCCAGAUCCUCCAUCAGCAGCAACCAAGGCUACGGCGUGGCUGUUUGGUUGAACAACACCAAAGAAACCGAGUUCCUAUUCGUCAAUCAAACCACUGUGAUCCAAUAUAGCGAAAUAUACAAAAACCUGGAGGUGGGAGUGUUGCAUGGCAACCACUGCGGGCCGGCGCUGUUCAACUUCACUGGCAACUCAUUCACCAACUCCUUGAAUGAUGCCUUGGAAAUCCUCUCCUGCUGGUCCCCAACCGAAACCCUUACCACCCUACAGGUGGGCCACAAUAAGUUCAUAGGAAACGAGAAAAUCUCCCUGAAACUAUACCCAGCAGUCAACAUGCAGGCCAACAUAGAAUUCAACCAUUUCCGGCAGGGCACCUUUGGGGGGCUCCUCAUCAAAAACCAGCCACUGCAGGAGUUCAAUGUACUCAAAAGCGACAUAACAGUGCAACAGAAUUACUUCCUUAACAACUCUGGGGUGUUUGUGGCGAAUCUGGCCCUCAGCCCAUACGCAGAGGAGCAGUAUCUACUCUUCACCAGAAACUUUGUUAAAAACAACCGCAUUGUGGAGCCCUUUCAACCACUGGAUGGUUCAGUGUCCAACUUAAACCCACGGAGCCGCGUAGCGGCUCCCGUUGUCAUCGGCUCGAGCAACGUGGAAGUUUACAGGAACAUUAUCGAAAAUCCAGACUCCCAGUACGAGAUCGGAAGCCACUUGGAGGAUCAGAGCAAAAUAAUCAACGCUACCUACAACUGGCUGGGGUCGUCGAGCGACCAAAUGAUCUACCACAGGAUUUUUCAUCGCUACGACCGCUACAACCUGGCAAAAGUCAGUUUUGUACCGUUUCUGAUCCACAAUUCCCAUCCAUUGACCACCAAGAUCAAUCCUAACCAGCUGUAUAUCCCCAAGUUCAGCACCUCCGGCUCAGAUAAAGUCGGGGGAGAAAUCGAGGGCGAAGAGACGUUGUCCAAAGGAGAAUACACAGUGGAACGCGACAUCACCAUCAGGCCAGGCGGUAAAUUAACAAUCGAACCAGGGGUCACCUUGCGCUUUCCCCCAUCCAUUGGCAUGAUGGUAGGCGGACGAUUGGAAGCCAGAGGCAUCGAGCCCGACAGCAUUCAAUUCACCUUAAAGGAGAAUAUUGUCCAUCCCCCGGAGAACGAUACAUAUGAAACCGAGGCUUUGAUAGUGGAGAGCGACACUGAGGUUGUGCAGCUGGAGCCAAAAAGCCCUAUUCGCCUACUAGGUGGACGCGAGGAAACCGAAGGGCGGCUGCAGGUGAAAGUGAACGGCCAAUGGGGGACGGUGUGCAACUAUGGUUGGACCAUUCAGAACGCGGCCUUGGUUUGCCAGCAGUUGGGCUACGUGUUGAAUCCCCACGAUUGGUAUAUUGAACGGAACGAGAUUCCUGAUGCGGGUAAAUCGGAGAGCGUCAUCCUUUCCAACGUGGCCUGCCAGGACUAUGACCUGGAUAUCACCAAGUGCCAGGCAGAAACAGUGGGGGAUUUCGUAAAUUCCUGCGACCACGACAACGAUGUGGGCAUUCGCUGCUAUAAAACUUCCUGGGCAGGGGUUCGCUUCGGAGCCCUGGCCGAGAGAUCAGACUUACAAUAUGUGACCAUCCAGCAAAGUGGGCUAUUAGACUAUGCAACCAACACCUUCAAGCCUGCGCUGCAGCUGGACUUUGCCAGACAGAACUUCGAAAGCAUCAAAAUCGUGAACAAUUUCUUCCAUGGCUUGGGGGUGAUGUACUCCAACAUCUACACAGACGACUCGGUGAAUAUCAUAAAAAAUUCCGAGUUUUCCAAUAACAAGGGCGCAGGUAUCACCCUCAAACAGCUGGGCUUGAGCCUGUUGAACAACAAGCUGGAAAACAACUUCAUCGGUAUUGAGCACAAUCCUACUCUAUCUGGGCUGCAGCAGCGGGAGCUCGCUGGUUGGUUUAUAAAGAACGACGAAGAAACCCACUAUGAUCCGCUACAGAUCCCCGAUAGGCCCGAUGAAACAGAAAUAGAGAUUCAAAGAGGGGAAACCAAGUAUUUGGUGACUUCAAAGACAACAGGCGACAGCGUGGAAAGAUCCUACAGAAUCGUAUGCGAACCUGGUUGGGUGAUUGGCAUCCAGCUGCUGAACCCCAUUGAGAACAGAAGCAGCGAGAGCAUAGUCAUCCACGACUCGCUCUCCUACAACCAAAAUAGCGACGUGUGGGUUUUGAAAAGAGACUUAACAGUCUUUCCGGGCACGUCUAGCGCCCCUGGAAUUAUCCUGGACUAUGCCAGUGGGUUAAAUGCCCUAGGGGGAGCUGUGGUGGUUCUCAGCACCAUCAGGGCGCCAGUACAGAAUAUAUACAACAGACGCGUCAAAGGCCCAGUUCCUACUCUGACUGUAAGGAAUGGCGUCAUCAGGAACAACCAGUUCGGGGUUCAGGCCUCCUACUACAACCGGCACCUGGAUGAACUGGGGAAUCACUUCCUGAGAUCCUCCAACGAGACCAUGGUGUUCAUAAACUGCGAAAUAACACAUAAUCUCCACGAAGCCUUUUUCGUGCAUUCACCCAAUUGGGACCUGCAUAGAAGCAACCUAUCCCAGGUGGUGAUUAUGCUGAACAAAACCAGCAUCUCGGAUAAUGGCAAGGGAAUCUACCAAUUUUCUCGAGAUAUGCGGGCUUCCAACAAUCUCUUUCAUUACGUGCUACAAGACAACACCAUCGAACGAAACAAGGGGGAUGGUUUCAACAUCGCGCUCCCUUACGUGUGGCAAUACAACGAGAACUUCACCCAUUUCGUCUACAUGGACAACAACACCUUUGUGAACAACAGAAACUUCGCGGUGGACAUUGACGGACACUUUGCCGAGGUGAAUUUGACUUCCAACGUCUUCAAGGAAAACAAGUGCUCGAACGGGCUGCUGACAAUGAAAGGAAUGGAGAAAAAGCUGCGAAUCUGGAACAAUCGAUUUUUGGACAACAACUGCAAACACGUGGUGCUUUUCAGCUGCAACAGCCAGUCUGAGAUCGUGGGAAGCAUUCCAGCGGUGUUCAUCUACAACGAGCUGAGAAACAACAAGUAUGUGAACAUGGGAAGGUCUUUUGGGGUUUUACAGAAGUCGCAAGACCCCCGAUUUGUCGUCGGCUUUAAGGGCAUUCAAAAGGUGAACAUCAACCGAAACCUAUUCGCGUCCAACGCGCUGGAAUACCAGCUAUUGGCAGGCAUUAAAACAGCAAAAAUCAACGAGUUUCUCAACGUGCGCGAAAACUGGUGGGACACCACUUCGGACAGCGAAAUUCAGGAGAAAAUAUUCGACUUUGACGACUGGAAUGAUCACGCCAUUGCAGAAUUCAGGCCCUUUCUCCUCGAAGAGAACUUCCAAUCCAGCCACUCUUUCACCUACAUUACUAACAACACUCUGGAUCUCACCAAUUUGAGAGGCCGCAUAUACGAGGACCUGACACUCAGUUCUAGAACAGAACCUUACAUCAUCCAAUCGGAUCUGACUAUUUUGCCCAACGUGACUAUGACGAUCCAACCAGGGGUCACCAUGGAAUUCGCCCCGAACAUUGGCAUACUGGUGCUGGGGACUUUGCGAGCUGAGGGUACCGAGGGAAACGAAAUCACCAUGAGACCUUUGAGGGAGAGUGGGAAUUUGUUGAUGCCAGAAGAGCCCAAGAGGCUGAAGAGACAGUUGGAGCUGAUCGGACAGGAGAGUAUUAGGUUAUGCAAAAACCGCGACUGUACAUUAGAGGACGAAUGGUCGACACCGUACGAAGGUUUCCUCGAAUGGUUCAACCAAACCACCCUGCAGUGGAUUCCGAUGUGCGAUUCCAGAUUUACCGAGCGAAAUGCCCAGGUUGUCUGCCGAGACCUGGGCUUCGAUCCUUUGCAUGCCUUCUUCGACUUUGAUGUGCGGAUUGACUUCCACAGCAACUCCCUAUCGAGGAUCUGGACUUGGCCGGAGCCUCUCCAGUGCAAAGGUACCGAAAAGCGCUACGAGGACUGCCCGAUUCGCUUAAACGGCCAGCAGUUCGGGCACAGGCAUAAAUGCGAGUGGAACAGCAGGUUUGUCUUCAUCAAUUGCAACAACAAGGCCAAACCGCCCAAGCACAACUUCUGGGGAGGAGUGCGGUUUGCCGAUCCAGACUUUGAGCAGCAUCUCUACACCCAUCGGGUUCAUGAUAUCCACACCCACUCCACCCAUCGUGAGGUGGAAUCGGUGCUGAGGUUCGUAAAAAUCAACGGGGCUGGGAUUUUGCAUAACGAAAAAUCUCCAGCCAUACAAAGCAUUAUCCGAAGUCCCACCAUUGAGUAUGUGGAGGUGGAGUCAUCAGCCAGUCAUGGGAUCAACUUGAUUUCGCCCACUGAAACCAUUAACUUGAGAGGAAACACUAUUCAGAACUCUUUGGGGGUGGGCGUGAACAUCGUGUCUUUGAGUGGAGAAGGGCGCGAGUCAGAGGAGUCCAGUUUCACUCCUUUGAGGGCGAUGAAUAUUCCCUAUAACCUCUACAGUCUACUGGACAUUUGCGACACCAACAAGGAGAUCCGCAUAGAAGAAAGAGUGCUGCUCUACUACAAGUACGACAAUCACCCAGUCAACUGCAUUAAAAUCUUCAGAAGCGCCUACGACAUCAAGCCGCUGUCUUUGAGGUUUUUGCAGUUCAAUCUCUUCAAUUCCUCUGUGGCGCAUGGAAUCCCGGACUUCGUCUCUCUGUACGAUGGGGACAUUUACAACGUCUCCUCCCAAAUCAUCGACACAGUGACAAUGACCUCCACCAACCAGAAAAAACUCUUUAGGUCGCGUCUUCCAAGCCUAAGCGUCAAACUCUUUGCCAACGGCGCCUCUUCAGACCAUGGCUUCAUUGCUGAAGUGGUCACGCUGCCCAUAUCAGCGAUAGCUUUUAGUAGGGACGUUCAACAUAACGUCUCAUCCUCAGUGAUCAACAACAACACGCAAGGAGGCAUUUUGUACAUGGGGGCUGGGGAGGUCAAUCCCAUCAUCACAAUCGAGAGGAACCAGUUCAAAGGCAACUGUAGGCAACUGUAUGGGAACUUUACCACCUGCAGGUCUGCAGUGGAGAUGGAUAUUCAAAACACCCAGACAUUGUUCUUCCGGAGCAAUUUGCUUGAACAAAACCAAGGCGGGUUGUAUAUCAAGGCGGACUCUCGUGGGUCAGCUACAUCCCUCCAAGGCUGGAUUCACAACAACCUGUUUGUGAACAACUCAAAUUUGCCCAGUCUCUACGUGGAGGGACGCCAGUCCUCUCCCUACCAAGAGGUCACCAUUUACCGCAACUACUUCACACGAAACAACGCGCGAUAUCACAACAACAUUGUCCUAAAACAGGUGCUGUCCAACUUCACCUACAACUAUGUGAAGCGAAACAUCGGGCAGCAGAACCUGGAGGUGUCAGGGUUUGAUAAAGUGAGGCUGAAUAUCUACCAGACAACGUCCCACAAUGGGUUCUAUUACAAUUAUGCCUUAAAGCCCGAGAGUAAGUCGACUGUUGUUGCUGGUACUGCCGGUCAGCACUAUGUGGACAACAUAUUCUUCAAUCCGGACAAUGACUACGAAAUCAUCACUGUAAACCGAUCAUUAUUUGAAUUCAAUAGUACGCUACAGCUUUGGAAUACGCGAAUCGAUGCCGCGUACAACUUUUGGGGCACGAAUACAACUUUGGCUGUAAGAGGACGCAUUAGAGAUCAAAUGGACGAUCCCAAGCUGUUGGAAGUCGUUUACGAGCCAUUCUACAUGAACAAUCAGAGCAUUUUGAAUGGAAAGUGUCCUCCAGGCUGGGAAUUGGUCGGCGAAACGUGCUACAUGUACGUGGGUUCACCGAUGACUUUUUGGGAAGCCCGAGCCUUCUGCCAGGCUGAUAACGCGUCAAUGCCCUAUCUGAUUGGCAACAUCAACUACCUGCCAGUGUACGAGUUUCUGCAACGGCAGUACCAGUGGUUCCUCUACUCGGACCGAGUUUGGGUGCAGCACAUUGACCAAAUCAAUAAAUGCACGAUUUUCGCUUUUCAAACCGUGGAAAUUGAUGACUGCAACAGACGCAGUCCUUUUAUAUGCGAAAUUGACCCAAAAGUGAGCAUUCGCAUCAUGCCGUUAGCGGAUGAUUUUGUGACAAUUUCCGUGAUCAGCAGCUUGGCCUUGGCAGUACUGUUGAUCAUCGUGGUGAUCGCUUUUUGGUGGUACAAGUCCAAGUACAGGCAUGCUCAGAGGCUGGAGCGCAGAAACAGCAUCAGACAAAGUUUGCACUCAUUAAAGUCCGUUGGUUUGUCCUCCACCUCUUUUGCGGACAGCACUUUCAAGAGGAAGGGAAAUCAAUUGAGCACCAAGUCCACGGACACACUGACUAAGAACACAGACUACCGGAAAAUCGUCAGCAAUGGAUCAAUUGACAGCAUGGAAAAGUCUGUUUACAACUCUUCGGUUGAAGAUGAUCAGUCGUAUAACACGUACGAAAGUCAACAUCCGAACCCCACUUUCGACUACAGCUCACCAGUGGAAUACCACAAAAGUCCGUCGCGCUUCGAAAAUUCGUAUGCCAAACCCGCCCAGUAUGACCUGGCCUUUAAAAAUCAAGGCUUCAAAGACACGUCGACCUUUGCCUCCAACAGCAACUACCAAUCGCAGGCCGGAAGCGUGCAGGAUGAGGCCUCAAUCAACGACGAAACGCCCAUCAUCCAGCCCUACGCUACCAACGCUUUGCCAGUUUAUCCUCCAAACGAGUACUACAAUACCGACACGUUGCCUCUGCGGGACUUUGAGGAGGAGGAAAAACCCGCCUAUAAUCCCCAAUACAGCCGCGCCCGCCCGGUGGGACUGAUGGAGGAGCUCAAAUCUCGCAUGCCUCCAGCCAGGAAACAAUCCCCAACCUACUCAGACCAGCUGGCUCAGAAUGGAUACAACCCGGCCCACAACAUAGUAGGCCUGGCCCAUCCUCACAGCGCUCCAGAGUUGGAGCCCAAACCAAGACCCCGCGCAAAAAGUGAGGUUUUGUUGGAAACGAACUUUGACUUUGCUCCUGAGCAAGAGGACUAUCCACAUCCGUUGGGAGAAUCGGCCAAAUGGAAGAGUCAGCCUUUGGAAACUGCGAUGUAAACGGCGCUUGUGGACUGUAAAAUACUGUGAUACUAAAGUUUAGGCUUAAGCAAGUAAGUGAGCAAGUGAAGUCCUUUGGAGACGCUGAUUUUUUACUGGGACAAGUUCCUCAAAAAGUGCGCUUGUCCGGGGCCUUAAUGAUCAAAGUCGCCGUCCUUACUGACUGUACGUUGUUUUUGUACAUCAGCAGCCUUUCCAGUCUAAGGCCCGCAUUUACACGGUGUCCCAAAAGUAAUGGCAACAAUUUGUAGCACUACUAACCGUAGAAGGAAAGUCAACUAAAACAAUCACUCCGAGUAUCAGGGGGUUUUGGAGAGUGACGAAUCGGAUUAUAAACUCUGUUUCUUCAUACACUAACUGUAAUAAUAACAAUAACACUUCAGAUAUACCCAUACAAAAAAAUCAAGAGGAAUAAAAUCUGGACCUGGUCCUGGCCAUGGUGUUUGACUGUAUUUCUGUAUCCGUUGACUUUUCUUCUGAGGUAAGUUGUGACAGACUUUAUAAUUUUUACCACAUAAAUCCGCUAUUACAUUUUUGACUAUUACUUUUUAACGGGCUAAAUCGGAUGUGAUACUUAGCUUACGAUCUAAACUGCUCAACAGAAGGUUACGUAGCCAAAUUUGUCAAAACUUUGGAACUGGAUAAAUUCUGCUAGCUUAGAGCGAUUUGGUUUCUGUUUGAAGCGAUAUUAAACCCCAUUUGCUUUUUGUUAGUCAAUUUUUUUGUAAUAAUUAAGCACUUUGGAUGAAUUUUCUAAAGGGCGGUAAGUAAAAAAGGGCAAAAUUUCGCAAAGUUCCACAUGCUCCUAGUCGAACCAAAAAAUGUUUUUUGCCCCUCAACACUCAUAGUCUAAAGAGAAACCAAAUAGCUAAAAACCGUUAUUGACUUUUUCGGCCGUCUAUCUGUUUUAUUUACAGGGUGGUCUCAAAAAUCAACUUUUUGAUUUCGCAGCGAUAACUUUUCUGUUCUUGGGCCGAUUUUCACGAUCUUGAGUUCCUGUUGUCCUAAAUCAUAAACGAUUUAGGACAAAAUUGUGAUAUACAGGGUUGCACAAAAAAUUACACAAAUCAAAAUUGUCCCCAAAGUUUAUGAUUCUAGCAGGCAUUAAUCUAAAAUUAAGUUCAUUUUCAAAUUUUUUGUUCAUUCAUGCAACCCGGUAUAUUGAAUUAUUAUUUUCUUGUCAAGCUCGCUUUGAAGUUUUAGCUUCAACGUGAGGUCAAGAUCGUGAAAAUCGGACCAAGAGCAGAAAAUUUAUCGCUGCGAGACCAAUAAGUUAUUUUUUAGGAUCACUGUAAACAAACGAGAUGAGCGUAAAAUUCAAAAAUAUUUUUCGAGAUAUGAAUAUCUUAUAUCUUAAUGCUUGUGGGGUGUUGAAUUAGAAAAAAACCGUUUUUUAUUCAACUGAGAACACGCGGAACUUUCACCAAUUUUGCAUUGUUUCAUUUGCCACCCUGUAGAAACUGUUUCACUGACUCCCUAACCGAAAAAGAACUGGACUAAAUAACGCUUAAAAUAGCAAUCAAUUUGGUCUAAUCAAUCAGAAGUUAUCCAGUUCCAAAGUUAGUCUAAAUUUGUAUUGAGCAGUUUAGUUAAACUGACGUUUUUAUAUAUAUUUGCGCUUAUUUGUUUUUAAAGAAUCAUCUAAUAAUAGGUCUGCAAUAUAGGAUUAGUUUUAACCCGAAGAAUAUUUAUGUUAAUUGCAUUUUACGCCGAUAUUCUCUAAUUAUAUACGGCAUUUCGAAAGUCCAGUUAAGAGUUGUAAAUAUUGUUGAAACUGCCAGUUGUUGUAAAUACUUGCGGUUAUUUUCGGGAAUGACGAAUGCGCUCAUCUAUCGAACAACAUUGUUUUAUGUUGACAUAGAAAGCGAUGUUUUAUUAUUGUAAACCGAACAGAUAACAACUUGUUUAAUAAAUUUCAUUAAUUGGA